UAUUCAGUUUAUUGUUUAUUUCAACUAUUAUCUCUUAUUUUAUUGUUUAUUUCAUCUCCCCUCUUCUCUAUUCUAUAGCUCUAACAAUCUGAUUUUUCUAUCUCAGCUUCCUGCCUCUUAAGUAUCAUAAUUGUUGACUCUGUCCAAUAAAGUUAUAUUCUCCUAAUUUGUGUGUUAAUCACCAUGUUUAUGUAUUUUCCUACAGUUGCAGACAUAGAAUGUUUUUGCUAUGUUGUUUUUGCUUUGUACCCUGUAUACAUCAUGUGAUAAAUUUGGUUGAUGUGUGUAUAGAAACACUUGGUUGCAUAUGCUUAUUUUCAUUAUAUAACUUAUUCCCCAUUUUAUAGAUUUUUGCUACCCCUGAAGUUCAUAUUGGAUUCCACCCUGAUGCUGCAUCUUUUUACCUUUCACAUUUACCUAGUCAAUUAGGUAUGGUCAUGUGUAGAUGCCUCAUCUACUUUUAGUUACUCAAAACCCCUUUACAUGGAUUGGAAGAUUCUCCAUUAUUAUAUUUAUCCGAUAUAAUCCUGAAGAUAAUUUAAUGUUGUACCUGUACACUGGUAUUUAGAACUCAGUGGUAGAGAGAUAGUAGAAAGUUCUGAUAAUUAGAUAAGCCUUGUUUGUAAGGUGUUCUUUUGAAACAAUGUGAUUCUUUCGGUCAAAUUUAAGCUCCUCUAAGCUCCUAUUUCAUAAACUUCUUUGUUUAUAAUUUAUAUGACAGUCUUGGUGCAUAGUAGAUUAAGAAUUGUUGAGAAAUAUAAUUCCAUUGAUUGUAGAGACAUUUUCACUUCGUAACUGUUACUUCAUUUCAUCCCAAAUUUGAUGGUUUUGACACUGCAAAGGGAAAUCAGGUCCAUUACUGGUGAUCCAUGAUCGAAGAACAAUUGGGGAAAUUGGUUGUCACUUCAAAAUUAAUCAUCAACACUUCAUGGCAUGUCUUUGUGUCUUAUUCGGAUGUCUUCCAGGAAAAGAAAGAGUGUCGGUUCAAGGCCCACCACUCAAUAUGAUACAAGAAGAUUCCACUAUUUUGAGGCAUGGACCAGAUACACUGAUAAUGUCCUGGGAAGACAUAUAUUAGCUGAGAGGAAAGUGGAAAUAUAUUAUACAGAGCUGGAUGAAUUUAAGGCUGAAUUGGAGAGGCGUAACUUUCAUAAGUGCCUCACCAAUUUAGCUAACAGUAGCAUUGACCUAGCAUUGGUGAAGGAGUUCUACGCCAACCUCUACAAUCCUGAGGGGCCUUCACCAAAACAAGUUAGAAUACGAGGCCACUUGAUAAGGAUUGAUGCAGACAACCUCAAUGCCUUUUUAGAAAUACCUGUGGUGCUUGCUGAGGGUGAAUCUUUACCCGCUUACUCAAGAUACUGCAGGAUGCCUACUGACAUUAGGGAAAUUGAGGCUGCUCUGUGCAUACCCAGCCGAGGGUUUAUUUUAAAUGCUAAAGGUCACCCUGGGAAGAUCCUCAGGAAAGAUCUAACCACUAUUGCUCAGGUCUGGAGUGUUCUCUCAUACUCCAACCUGGCUCCAACUUCCCACACCUCGAAUUUGACUAUGGAUAGAGCUAGGUUAAUCUUUGGCCUAGUUACUCAGCUGGACAUGAAUGUCGAAGCUCUCAUCUCUAGACAGAUCACAUCAAUGGCCCAGUCUAACUCCUCUAGACUCGGGUUCCCCGCUCUUAUCACAAUUUUAUGUAGGUCCAGAGGAGUCGCUUCCGACAGCUUGGUCUUUGAAUGUUUGAGCCCGGUCAUUAAUUUGGCCUACAUAAGGAAAAACUAUUGGAACCUAGAUGAUCCAAUAGAUAUUAUUAGAGGGGCCAGAAGACCGAGGGUAAGGCCAGCUGAGGCUCCUUCUACAUCAGCAGCUCCUCAUCCAACUUCUACAUCAGCAGCUUGUCAUCCAGCUUCUACAUCAGCAACUCCUCCUCCAGCUCGUAUGAUAGCAGCUCUUUCUACCCUACCUCCUACAGAUUUUCAACGUUUUGAAGCCAUGCUUUAAAGCAUACAUCAGGGGUAGAUUAUUUUACUGCAAAGCCUACAGCUGGUAGAGCCUCCAGACUCCAUCCCAACAGUAGAGUAAUUUAAUGAAUGGGUAGCCUGGCCAGGGACUCAACCUCCUCUUCAUAGGGAAGACGAAAAUCCCGCCGCUUAAGUACCCCAUCAGCCAGAGGAUGAGUCAUCAGAGUCUUCCACUCUUGAGCCCUUGAUCAGGAAGAUGAAGGUAGUUGUAACCCAGGAAGCUGCAGCCACCUUUGAAAAGUCUCUUGAAGCCACUCCAGAGCCUCCAGCACUAGUGGCAGAUACCACUUCUCCACAGCAGGCAGCAGACCCUUCCACGCCUGAGGAACAAACCACCCCAGUCCAGUCUCCGAACGCCUCUCCUAUAGCUACUCAUGUACUUCAUUUGUCGGAAGAGGAGGAGGUUCAGACAUAGGACACCAAGGACCAAUCACAAGACUUUUAAAUUCCUGUUGAUUUUUUGUGCUUUUUGAUCUAUUAGUAUAAUUAUGGUGUUAGUACAUUAUUUACUUUUUAUUAGUUUUGUCCAUGAGUAGUGUAGUUGCUCAUUGAUGUGUCAUCAUUUUCUCCUAUUUCUUAACCCUUUUUGUCACCAUUUUAAUUAC